GCAGGGGGCGGUAAUGCAAACAGCAAUAAACAAAAAGCAGUAGAAGAAGGAAAAACAGAAGAAGAAUUGUAAACGUACACGUUCGAACUUUCGCUUCCGUAGCAGCCAUAGUUCCGGUGCGUGGUGGGAGACUGUGGUUCACCUGCGAGUCCGACCCAUUUGAAUCGGAACCAUGAGCCGCAGUUACAACGAUGAACUGCAGUAUCUGGAGAAAAUCAACAGUACCAGCUGGAGGAUCAAAAAUGGGUUCGUGCCCAACAUGCAGGUUGAAGGAGUUUUCUACGUGAACGAGUCCUUGGAGAAGCUGAUGUUCGAGGAGCUUCGUAACGCCUGUCGUGGUGGAGGUGUGGGCGGGUUCCUGCCGGCUAUGAAGCAGAUCGGGAACGUCGCGGCUCUUCCUGGGAUUGUUCAUAGGUCCAUCGGCCUCCCAGACGUCCACUCUGGCUAUGGGUUUGCGAUCGGAAACAUGGCGGCCUUCGACAUGAACAACCCUGAGGCGGUCGUGUCUCCAGGUGGAGUCGGUUUUGACAUAAAUUGCGGCGUUCGGCUCCUGAGGACAAACCUGGACGAGCAGGACGUCCAGCCUGUCAAAGAACAGCUAGCCCAGUCUCUGUUCGACCACAUCCCUGUCGGAGUUGGGUCCAAAGGUGUCAUCCCUAUGGGAGCCAAAGACCUGGAAGAGGCUCUGGAGAUGGGGGUGGACUGGUCGCUGAGGGAGGGCUAUGCCUGGGCUGAGGACAAGGAGCACUGUGAGGAGUAUGGCAGGAUGCUGCAGGCUGACCCCAACAAGGUGUCCUCCAAGGCCAAGAAGAGAGGCCUGCCACAGCUGGGAACUCUGGGAGCAGGAAACCACUACGCUGAGAUCCAGGUGGUGGAUGAGAUCUAUGAUGACUACGCAGCCAAGAAGAUGGGCAUCGACCACAAGGGCCAGGUGUGUGUGAUGAUCCACAGCGGCAGCAGAGGACUUGGACACCAGGUUGCCACAGACGCUCUGGUUGCCAUGGAGAAGGCGAUGAAACGUGAUAAAAUCACGGUGAACGACCGCCAGCUGGCCUGCGCUCGCAUCACCUCCCAGGAGGGUCAGGACUACCUGAAGGGCAUGGCGGCGGCAGGAAACUACGCGUGGGUCAACCGCUCGUCCAUGACCUUCCUUGCCAGACAGGCCUUCUCCAAGGUCUUCAACACCACACCAGACGACCUGGACAUGCACGUCAUCUACGACGUGUCCCACAACAUCGCCAAGGUGGAAGAGCACAUGGUGGACGGGAGGCAGAGGACGCUGCUGGUCCACCGGAAAGGAUCCACCCGAGCAUUCCCUCCACAUCACCCCCUCAUCCCCGUAGAUUACCAGCUCACCGGGCAGCCCGUGCUGAUCGGAGGGACGAUGGGAACCUGCAGCUAUGUUCUGACGGGGACCGAACGAGGCAUGACGGAGACGUUCGGCACCACGUGUCACGGAGCGGGUCGCGCCCUCUCGCGAGCCAAGUCUCGCCGGAACCUGGACUUCCAGGAUGUUCUGGACAAGCUGGCUGACAUGGGAAUCGCCAUCCGAGUGGCUUCACCCAAACUGGUCAUGGAGGAGGCUCCAGAAUCCUACAAGAACGUGACGGAUGUGGUCAACACGUGUCACGACGCCGGCAUCAGCAAGAAGGCCAUCAAGCUGAGGCCCAUCGCUGUGAUCAAGGGCUGAAGCUCGCUGGAUCCAACAUGGCCGCUUCUUCACGUAAUUUCUGUUGGGAAAACAUGAAGGACUCGUGUCACGGCUGUGAUGUCGGAGUGUUUCCAUUAAAGCUGCUGAAGCGUUGAUGUGUGUUUAAUAAAGAAUGUUCUGGAUUCA